AUGGACACGAACCCAAAUGGGACAACCACGACAAAAGUCGAGGAACAGGCGCGCCGUCAGAGGCGUGCAGCACUGAAGGAACUGAAUCUAAACCAGGCGGGAAAAGAAUCGACCAAGGCUCUGGAGUCGUCCCUGAAGCGCCAUACCGCCCUAAUCAAACGGAUCCGCCAGUCGUUGGGCGUGGAGAGCCACGACCAAAUUAUCAAGGAUAUCGAGACAUUGUCUUUGGAGAAGUACGUGGACGAAGUAGCUGGCGCCACAUUGGAAGGAAUUGCGCGUUGCAAGACCGAGAAGGAUGUUUGGAGUGCUGCGGAGAUCAUUUCUCUCCUGCAUCGUCGGUUCCCGAAGUCGUAUACGCCAGGUCUUGUGUCCGCUCUGUCUGCGGCGCUAGCCCCGCCCUCGCGUGCUGUCCUGUCUGCUCUUGCCCCAGAGCAGCGCGAGAAAGAGGACAGUGCACGCAUCUCGCGUCAACGACCGAUACUGCGCGUAUGUGCCGAGUUGGCUCUCGUGGGCAUCAUCAAGGAUGCGCCUGGUAGGAGUGGUGGCGAGUGGGUUAUGAAGACAUUGAAGGAUCUGCUAUCUAAUGACCCCACACUGUCAUCUUUGCCUUUACUGUCGACGUUCCUCAAGACCUUCGCCAGGCCUUACCUCGGUCUAGUGCCGCCUGCAUCCACCAAGCAGAUACCAUCCUCCUCGGAACCCGGAACACUUUCCUCGGCAGCUACCACCGAGGCCAAUGGGACUGCUGGUGGAGGGUUUCCGCCGAUCGGCAAAGAGGAAGAUGAGCUCGUGGAGAAAGAUAUCAGAGACAGAUUCAAGAAGAUGUGCGAGGGCUACUUCGAGAAUGUAUCGAAGAAGUUAGUUCAGGAACACAAUCGCUUGCAAGAGCAAGACCGGCGGAAUCAUGAGGCAUAUAUUCGAUCCGGCGAGAUCUUUGAGGAUAGACAGCAAGCAUAUGAGAAGAUGACGAAGAGUUAUGAGAAGUUGAUCGCCAGUUGCCAGACUUUGUCUGAGCUUCUCUACCUACCAAUGCCGACUCUCAAGACCACGACCCAGAAGUCCGAAUCCAUCCAGAUUGGUGUGAAUACGGGUUUGAAUCUUCCGAGCGGAGAAGCUGAGUCCGUCGCGGGCGGUAAGUGGGAGGACGAGGAAGAGCGACGCUUUUUCGAGGAUAUACCCGAUCUCAAGGACUAUGUCCCGCGUAGCGUCCUUGGAGUGGAAGGCGAGAGCGACGAGAAUGCUGAGGAGGACAAUAAGGAAAAGGAGAUCAAGGACAAGGAGAGGGUGAAAGAAGAUCUAAAGAAGCUGGAGGAAGAGCUAGCUAGUCUGAAGGUCGAUAACGAGGACAAGGCCGGAGAAGCAAGUGCCAACGGGAAGACGCAAGAAGAUCAGAAGGACGAUGAGGAUGACGAUGCGCCCACACCAACCCCCGGCACACCCAGGACUUCACCACCGACCACCCCACAGCUUGCCCCCCAAGGGCCGUCACAACUCCUCACUGCUCUCCUUGCGCGACUUCCUGAUGCGACCAAUCGCACACUGAUUGAUCAAGCUGCUGUCGACUUCGCUUUCCUGAACUCGAAAGCUGCAAGAAAGCGACUCGUAAAAUUCAUGAGUCAGGUCCCAAAGGGCCGGACUGACCUACUACCCCAUUACUCCAGAUUCAUCGCCAUUCUAAACAAGUACAUGCCUGAUAUUGGCUCAGAUGUCGUCGCUGUUCUGGACGAGGAAUUUCGAUACCUACAACGUAAGAAGAAAGUCGUAAUUGAGUUCGCUGAAGUCCGAUUGAAGAACAUCACGUUUCUGUCCAACCUCACCAAAUUCCUUGUCGUCCCUCCUCACCUCAUCUUGCAUAUGUUCAAGGUAUGCUUGGACGACUUCUCUGGCACAAACGUCGACAACGUCGCCUUACUGCUGGAAGGAUGCGGUCGGUUCCUGCUCAGGAGUGAGGAGACCAGGGAGCCGUUCAGUAAGAUGCUCGAGUUGAUGCGUAGGAAGCAAAGUUUGCAGCAUUUCGAUCAGCGACAGCAGUUGGUGUUGGAGAACGCAUACUAUCAGGUCAAUCCCCCAGAGCGUCCCGCAAGGGUCGAGAAAGAACGCACCCCCAUGGAGUUGUUCAUUCGCCAUCUGAUAUAUGAUGUUUUGACGAAGAAAACGAUCGACAAAGUGUUAAAGCUCAUCCGCAAAUUGGAUUGGAACGACGAGACCAUCAUGCGCAUCCUUCACAAGGUGUUCACCAAGCCGUGGAAAGUAAAGUUUGGCAACGUCGCCCUGUUAGCGAUGCUCACGUACGAUCUGCAACGAUAUCAUCCUGCGUUCGCGAUUGCUGUCGUGGAUCAGGUACUCGAGGAUAUCAGGAGGGGGCUGGAGCAGAACGCCUACAGCAUAAACCAGCGCCGCGUGGCCACAGUCAAAUAUCUUGGCGAACUGUAUAUUUAUCGUCUUGUCAGUUCUAGCAUCAUAUUUGACACGCUCUGGACGUUGGUGACUUUCGGACAUCCCGAGGGACGACCUCUGCCAGGGCAGCCGUGCUCAAUCGACAUGCCUGACGAUUUCUUCCGCGUUCGUCUCGUCUGCGUCAUCCUCGACACGUGCGGUAUGUGCUUUGACCGAGGAACACAGCAGAAGAAGCUAGAUACCUUCUUGACUUUCUUCCAACUUUACAUUCUGUGCAAAGCACCGCUUCCCAUGGAUGUAGAGUUCAUGCUUUCUGACUCCCUCGAGGCUGUUAGGCCUAAGAUGUCAACGUUCAAGACGUUUGAGGAGGCUGCAGCGGCCGUGGAUGACUUGUUUAAUCCAGUCUUCCAAAGUGUCGGAGUCACGUCAGGCGAGGACAGUGGUGAUGAGAGCGGCGACGAGGAAGAUCAGGAAGAGGGAAAGAGGGGCGAGGCCGAGGAUGAAGAUGAAGACGAGCAAGGGCACCCGGAGUCUCCGAUCGACGAACGCGCGCCAUCGCCAGAGGCCGUGGUGUUCAAGUCCGGGCAAGAGAGUUUUGGGCCUUCUGAAGAGGACGAGGCUGAAUUUGCCAAGGAGCUCGCAAAGAUGGUUACCGAUACCUCUGCUGAGUCUAGGAAAGUUGACAAGAAGACUGCCUUGGCGCUAUGGGAGUCGACGGUUCCACCACCCGUUCUACGAAAGAAGCGGAACGAUGACACCGAAGAUGACGCCGAUGCCGCUGCCGGAGCCGGGGCUGGGGAGCACGAUGUGAUGAAUUUUACAUUGUUCACCAAGAGAGGAAACAAGCCUCAGACGCGCCAAAUCGCAAUACCUGCUGAAUCGGCGCUGGCAGUUCAAACACGUACUGCACAGAUGCAAGAUAAGGUCGAACAGCAACACCUGAAGAAGCUUGUCCUUGACUAUGAACAACGUGAAGAAGCAGAGGAAUGGAAAGCUCUCGAGACUCGUAACAGGAACGGCGCGAUCAAGAUACGCUAUGUUGGCUAGUAACGACUGCGCUUUACACCCCUGACUCGCCUCGCCGUGGCUUCUGGUUGGCUGCAACGCUCGACUUCGCCAUGGGUCUUCCGUGUGACACCAAUCUAGCGCACGGAAACGCUCGCCAGGCGAAUGCUAUACCAUAUCUUGCUUGGUGAUUGAGUUGGCUCCUUCUUGGCGUGGUGCAAUACGUCGCGACGUGUGCAUUCGCUCUUGCGGCUGGCUGGCAAAGCACGUGCGGCAGAUGCACAACGCGUCCUGCAGCGGGGUCGUAGCAUGGCAAUACUGUUCGAUGUAGGGUGUUGCGUGAAGGAGGACUAGCAGACUUUAGAACGUUUGACAUGUACUACAUCAGUUUUUGCCAAUGAUUGUUUUCUCAGAUA